AUGUCACCUCGGAUGGUGAUCGACUCCAUCAGCGAUGAGGAAGUACAAUUUUUGACAUCAAGGAUUGCCGCCUCCGAAGAUAGGCAAAGAGCCACAUCCACAGUGACACUUGGCCGCGCAAGCGACGAAGAUGAAGGCGAUGUGCAGGAGCUGGUGGAAUUGUUUGAGGAAGAAGUCAUUGACCUUACCGGGCACGAACUAGAGAAUGGCGCCCACGGUCAGCUUCACGAAGGCGAAUUGCCCAUAGAGAAGUAUCGCGACCCUCGUUCGGGAGCUCAAUUCUCUCGUGGAGACUUGAUACAGGUUCGAAAUGUUGAGCUUGGGACGUACGAAAUCGAGUUUGUUCAGAUCCAGAUCAUCGCACGGGAUCGCCGUGGGCAAUACAAGAUACGCGGGAUACCAUUUGUGCGGACGAGGAUGCUACGAGGAAAACUACCAAAGAAAGUCAACGAGAUAUGCAUGAUACUUCACAUUCAGAGACGAGACAACGGACAAGAGCUCGCUGCAGUUCUCGUGGAUGUCCCUCCCACCUUGGUUGUCAAGAGAAGAGAACUUGUCAUUACCAACGCAGUCUACCCAGAACAUUGUUAUAAUGCGGCUAGUCUUGGUUUCAAUGCUGGGGAUGAACAGACGCAACAACGUCGGGCUGAAAUCCAUGGCCAUCUUGUCUGCCGCUGGAAAUUUACGAUUUACUUUACCAUGCAACACCAAAGUCGGGCUACAAGGCCAGAAGAAGAAGUUCUUGAGCGUGUCCAACUAGAAGACGUACCGAGUUCAAGAUAUCGCGUAUCAGACGAGAGGCUUUGCAAUCAGUGGCGGGGUGGACGCGCAAAGGGAGGUUCGUGGCCCCCGAGCGGGUCAGGAAUCAUUGAUCUCGAGUCGCGGCCAAACACGAGUCGAUCCUCGAGCAAUAGACGAAAAGAACAAAAGUAUACAUUCUUCGACUCCUUUUCGGGGGCGGGGGGUGUAUCUCGCGGCGCCCAAGGCUCCGGUUUCAAAGUCCAGCAUGCCGUGGACAAGUGGGACGGUGUUUAG